AAUGGCAGAUGCAUCAAGGAACACAAAUAGAGUAUAUAUCAAUACAACAGUUGGAGAUUCCAGCAACCAAACCUACUUUGACUUUAGGAACUCCGAAUCUUUGCCUAAAACAGCAAUAAAAAUAGAUGAUCUUCAAGAUGUUGUGUUUAAUGGAAAUAAUGGGAAUAACAUAUUUGAAACUCAGUUUAAGGCUCUACCACAAGGUAUGGUUGAAAACUUUUCUGAAGCUGUCAAGUUAGAAAACAAAGGGAAGAAUAGAUAUACGAGACUUUAUGCUUAUGAUGACACACGAGUUGUUCUUAACACAGAGGAGGAUUCAAUCUCGGAUUAUAUUAACGCAUGCUAUGUACAUGGUUUCAAUAAAUCAAGAAAAUAUAUAGCGACACAAGGACCAACAAAGAACACCGUGGCAGACUUCUGGUGGAUGGUUUGGCAGGAGGACACCAGCAAAAUUGUAAUGCUGACAAACUUAAUAGAAGAAGGAAGGAAUAAGUGCAUAAAGUACUGGCCUGAUGACAUGGAGGAAUAUUUUGGAAAGUUGAAGAUUUGCCUUAAAAAGGUGGAAACAAAUUCCCAGUUUGAUAUAAGGACUCUAUCUGUUAAAAAGGAUAACUCAGCUGAAAAGACCGUUACUCAGUUUCAUUUUACAGUGUGGCCUGACAAAGGUAUUCCAAGAUAUGCAUCUGCUCUAGUUCACUUUUUGAAAAAGGUGAACAAUGCACCUACUCACGGUAGUAGUCCGAUCAUUGUACAUUGCAGUGCUGGUGUUGGAAGAACUGGAACCUAUAUCGCCCUAGACUAUCUUACAGACCAGGGGAAAACACUUGGAUACGUCGAUGUUGCUGGGUGUGUUGAUUCUCUAAGAAGGCAGAGAGUUAGUCUUGUGCAAACAUUGGACCAGUAUAUAUUUGUUCACCGCGCAUUGGUUGAAUCACUAAUGAUGUCAUCAUCAACAAUCCCUGCACAGAAAUUCCAAGAAAGAUAUUGUGAACUUCAAAAAGUAGAUCCCAACAAAAAUAAAACGAGAAUUUGCAUAGAUUUUGAGAAUCUUCAAAGAGUCUCGCCACCAUCUGAAGACAGUCUGUACGUAUCAGCAAAGCUUGUUGUAAAUAGACAAAAGAACAGAGACCCUAAUGUUCUGCCAGUUGAGGAUUUCAUGCCGUUCGUAACAAGUGAUGAUGGGAGACCUAUCUAUAUUAAUUGCCGUGUUUUGCGGUAA